AUGGCAAUAACACCCUUCCAGUAUUUGCCCGUGGCAGCAGCCCUACUGAUUGUCUCAACCACCGCAACCUCAAACGAUCGCGAUGGCACAUUCGCAAACCCUUCUGCUCAAGUCCGGCCAUUCUUCCGGUACUGGCUACCAGAUGGUAGUGUUGACCCGACAGUCGUAGCCUCUGAUAUCCGCUCCGCCGCUGAGGUUGGCGCUGGAGGAAUCGAGUUCCUCCUUAUUACGGGUACGGAGGUGCAAUUGGAGGAAACCCGCCCGCAUCUGUUGCAGGUAGCUCUGGAAGCUGCUAAGGAGAAUAGCGUGCUUGUGGAUAUUGCGCUGGGGCCAAAUCAAGGGCAGGGGGUUCCUGCCUCUCCGGAUGCUGAUGGAAUCCAAUGGGAUUUGGUGCCAUUCGUCCAGAAAUUACCAGUUAAUCAGACGAGUGAGCGUAUCCCAGGGUGGGGGGAAGGGGAACUAGUCGCCUGUGUUCUUGCCUCAGCGGACAGCAAGACAAACGUGUCCAUGACUGGUGACUCCUUCUCCUUAGACUCUACGCCACCGCAGAGCUCCUACCUCGAGUUGGUCUUAGACGAGGCGUCCCUACAAGACGUAACACACAAUGUGUCGUCAGACGGAAUCUUAGCAAUGCGGUCAUCCGGGUCAUCACGCAACCUAUACGUAUUUUCUUUCUACCAGAAGAGGACCCUGCAUAAAGCGCUCGAGGUGGAGUCUAACAGGACAGAUACAAUUCUGGCCAAUGGCUCGUUCGUGGUUGACCAUUUCAGCAAGGAGGGAGCCAAGGCAGUGAUUGAUUACUGGAACAAUCACAUCCUCACGGAGGACAUACGCCAACUUCUGGAAGAUGUGGGAAACUACGGCUGGGAGGAUAGCAUGGAAUUCACAUCCAACAUAUCAUGGACACCGAAGUUGCUGGACGCAUUCUACGACAAGUUUGGAUACUCACUCGCAAAAUAUCUCCCGCUCGUUAUGUUUGGUCAGAACAAUAUAAUGGCUCAACCCAGAACCUCCGGUUUGGUGAAGGCAGUCUUCAAGAACAGGCAGACUUCAGACAAAUAUAUCAACGACUAUCGCUCUGUGCUGGCGGACGGGUAUGGGAGUUAUUUGACCGCGUUGCGAGAAUGGCUAAACCAGGACCUUGGACUCGAAUACUCAACGCAGGUCUCGUACAACCUGGCCUUGGACGCAUUGACGAACAUACCAUUGUUAGAUGCCCCGGAGUGCGAGAGCCUGCAGUGGAAAGACAAAAUCGACGGGUAUCGGCAGUUCGCAGAGCUGCUGCAAAGGGUGAACAAGGCUUUCGCUGGAGGCGUCAAUAGGGUUAUGCUACAUGGACAGCCGUACAGUGGGGACUAUUACGGCACUACCUGGCCGGGGAGCACGCCAUUCCAGUAUCUAUUCGCCGGUAUGCAUUUCCCAAAGCAACCUUCGUGGAUGCAUGGGUUUGAUGAGGCCAUGGGCUAUAUUUCCAGAAUGCAGUUCAUACUGCGGCAGGGGAUUCCAAAGUUUGAUGUGGCUUUCGUCAACAAAGAUUCCGCCACAGACCCCAAUUGGGCUACAAAAUACGGCCGGGAUGACCUUGUUGACGCUGGUUAUAUAUACACAUAUCUUUCUCCUGAUAACCUCGAACUCCCGGAAGCUUCUGUUGACAAUGGCGUGUUGGCUUCGCAGGGUCCUGGUAUCAAAGCAAUUGUUGUUACACACGAUGCCAACAUAACUGUCUCAGCAGUCCAGAGGCUGAAGGGCUACGCGGCGAACGGAUUACCCAUAAUUCUUUCCGGUGGUACUGCACAGUAUUACCCAAUCUCCAACGACGGGGGAGUCCCUGCGUUCAGGACGGGCCUUCAAGAACUGGCAAAUUCAAAGGGUGUCCAUACCACAGCGAGCGGCAAUGUCGCGAAAGCGCUCGCCUCGCUCGGUGCCUCUUCCCGUGUCAGAGUCCAAACCAACAGUACCUGGCAUAUAAUUUGGCGUGAGGACAAGGAAGCUCAAGUGGACUAUGCCUUUGUUUUCAGUGAUGGAACUAAUUCACAAGGCGAAAUCACAACCACAACUGACAAGGUCCCUCAUUUGUUUGACGCCUGGACUGGCCAACGCCAACCACUGGUUCAGUACAACCAUCGGGCUGGUGACCUUGUCAUUCCCCUGACGCUGAAAGCCAACCAAACAGCUAUACUGGCAUUCAGCGCCCAACCUUUGGAUGGGAUCUACACACCCUCUGUUCAUGUCGAGUCUGCUCCGAACUCGGUCCUUGGAUACCACCUUGACUACGAUAGUGGAGCCGUUGCCCAACUGGCUCACACUGCCAACCCGACUGCUGACCAGUUCGUACUAUCCGACAACUCGACUAGAACUAUUCCAGACACAUCAGCCAUCCCAAGUUCAUUCCCGGUCCGAAACUGGACACUCACGGCAGAGCAUUGGGAAGCUCCAGCAAACAUGCUAAAUGCCUCUACAAUAGCUUCAAUCCGCAAUACAACGCACCAUCUCCCAUCUCUACUUUCCUGGACAGAGAUCCCCGCCCUCGUCAACGCCUCCGGAAUCGGGUAUUACAGUUCCCAAUUCACUUGGAAUCCGAACGACCAGAACCAAAUUGGAGCUUACAUUACGUUCUCUCGUAUCCUCCAUGCAGUCCAAGUCUUCUUAAACGGGGAAAAGGUCGCACCUAUCGAUCCGACUACAGGAACUGCGGAUAUCGGGCCUUAUCUGCGGGAUGGCGAGAAUGAGCUGCUGGUUGUCGUUCCGACUACGAUGUGGAACUAUCUGAGGAGUAUCUUCCCUAAGAUUACCGAGUCGGGCACGCCUCCGUUGUUAAGUAGCCCGACUUCCCCGAUGAGCUUUCCUGGUAUUGUUCCUAAUGGAUUGGUGGGUGAGGUUUACAUUACCCCGUACAUGUCGUUUGCUCUUGGUAUAUAA